AUGGUUCUUACAUCUUUUGCAUCAGGACGUGCUACCUCUGUCGUUGUUGAUAGUGAUGAAAGAUCGACUACAGUUGCCCUAGUACAGGAUGGUUAUGUUCUUCAAAAAGCAGUCUUUGAAAGCAAAGAAUCCUACAAGCUCUACUCCAAGAGAGUUAUAGCAAGUGAUAUCAAGGAAUGUGUGUGCCGACUUCUUGAUACUCCAUAUGAUGAAAGUGCAUAUUCAAAUGUCCCAAUGACCCCGUACGAGCUUCUUGAUGGCCAGACAAUUGAAAUUAGUGCUGAUAGAUUUAAAAUCCUUGAUGUUCCGUUUAAGUCACCUUUGGCUCAAACAAUUCCUGGAAUGGACAAUUUUGCUGAUAUUUCUCCAGCUGGUCGUGGUUUGCCACAAGUGGUUAUAGAAAGCAUUAAUAGACGCAACGUGGACAUUCGAAAAUAA